GGUCGUUCAGUACUAAUUCAGCGAUUAAGUCAGUCCUUAGUUCUCGGUCACGCGUCACUCUUCAAUCUUCAAGUUAUCUGCAACCUCUCUCGUACAGCUUCGCGAUCAACUCAUUGUUAAUUAAGUUAACCAGUGCGUGCUCCGACAGACUGCUAUCACCAACAUAUCUCUGCGACCAUCUUCAACUGUCAACCCACAUCAACCAUUUAACUAUUAGUGGACCAAACUAUCGCUUCAAACUAUAUUAUAACUCGUACAACCCUCUCCCCUCCCUUGUGCCGCGAUGAAUUCUACAACACCUAAAACCAUCAAGAAGAAUCGCCACCGCGCUGGGAAAAAGAAAAGAGCAAAAAUCCUCAAGGCUCAACAAAAAGCCCUAGAGCGGGCUUUCGAGGAGAUUGAGAAUUUCGUGGGCUACCCGCUGGAACACACCCCCCUUCCUCCUCCAGUCACAGACGCUCCGCCAGGAAGAGCAGUCUCUUCCCUUGAUCUGUUCCAAGAAGACACCGUCCCUUUGGAAAACUAUAACCAGUUAACGUCUAACGCGCCCGAAAUAACCACGCUUAGCGAUUCCGAUCACGAUUCUCCGGAGUUGGAACCUUUAGAUCCAACUGCGGAAUACCAUAGCGAUGCAGUAGCACAGAUUAUUAUAUUUCCGCCAGAAAAUUAAGUAAUACAUGUAAUAAUCCUAUACGUUGUUUUAUUAAUAAAUAUAUACAUAUAUACAUAUAUCCAAAUUUCUUAAUCUUAACUACAUCAAGGUCAUACUAACCAAAUCCCACAAGGUUUUCCAUCGGCAACAAGCUCUCGCCAUACCCGGAUAGAGUUCGUGUAAGCGGGCUGCCCGAAAUUCGAAAGGAGAGCCCCCGCGUCGGUCAGGCGACCGAGGCGUCGCGACGCACACAUUGAGAAGAAAUAUCCCUAGACCCGGACGUUACACAGUACAUGCUUAGUACAU